AUGCAUCAGUUUCGUCCGGAGGAGGGACGCUUCUACGGCCCAGGACCGCAGCAUUACAUGCGACCAGAAUCGGACUUCAUGGCCGGCCCGCAAUACUAUUCCCACCAGGGUGCCUACCCACAACAGUACUGGCACGGCGAACCCGGACGCUUUGACCAUUACGGCCGAGGUGGACCGAUGCAUCAUCGG